AUGGUCGACAAGGGCACGGUGUGCGUGACGGGGGCCGCAGGGUUUAUCGGCUCGUGGCUGAUCAUGAGGCUCCUCCAGCAGGGUUACACCGUUAGGGCCACAGUCAGGGAUCCCAGUGAGUAUCAUCGUCGUUCUUGUUCAUUUAGAUGCAUAAUCCGGCGUCGAAGUGUGUUUGCAAAAGCUAUGCGAUUACCUCGGUAAACGAGAUUCUCUGUCCACUGUCCCAGCCAACAUGAAGAAGGUGAAGCACCUCCUCGACCUCCCGGACGCCGAGAAACGGCUGACGCUGUGGAAGGCUGACCUCGUCGACGAGGGCAGCUUCGACGAGCCCAUCCACGGUUGUGAGGGAGUCUUCCACGCCGCGACGCCCAUGGACUUCGAAUCCAAGGACCCUGAGGUCACAUUCACACCCGCUCAUGCUAUUUAUCCAAGCGUCAUCUAUCGUUGUAAAUGGAUCGAAAUAUACAUGUGUUGUCUUGUGCUAGAAUGAGGUGAUUAAGCCGACGAUCGACGGAAUGCUGAACGUAUUGAGAUCGUGCUUAAGGGCGAAAACCGUCCGCCGAGUCGUCUUCACAUCGUCUGCGGGGACGGUCGCCAUACAAGAGUCCCGCCAGUCAAUCUACGACGAGAACUGCUGGAGCGACGUCGACUUCUGCAGGGCCAAGAAGAUGACCGGAUGGGUGCUCGACUCGUCCAUCUACUCAUCCCACUCACUCAGCUUCCGCCUCCCGAUCACCGGUUAGAAAUACUUCCUCCUCCCUGCAGAUGUACUUCGUGUCGAAGACGCUAGCGGAGCGGGCAGCGUGGGACUUUGCCGAGAAGAAUAACAUCGACUUCAUCAGCAUCAUCCCCACCCUUGUCAACGGGCCCUUCAUCAUGCCCACCAUGCCCCCCAGCAUGCUCACUGCCCUCGCGCUUAUAACAAGUAUUUAAUCCACGGGAAAAUCCGUGUGCAUACAAACGUAUUUUCUUUCCGUGUGAAUUAAUGGUCCCUUAUGCGAGGACUGAUCCGGAUUCACAGGGAACGAGCCUCACUACUCCAUCCUCAACCCGGUGCAGUUCGUCCACCUUGACGACCUUUGCAACGCUCACAUCUUCCUGUUCGAAAACCCGGAAGCCAAUGGCAGGUACAUCUGCUCCUCCCACGACGUCACCCUCACCGAACUCGGCCGCAUGCUCAAAAAGCGCUACCCGGAAUUCAACGUGCCCACUGAGUACGCCCUUCGCAUCUCCACAAUUGCAUCCAAUCCUCUCUGCCACGAACUGAAGUUGUUCACCGCAAUGCUACGCCUGGUGGGUGCAGGUUUGGAGACAAGGAGGUGUUCGAUAUCGUAAGCUUCUCGUCGAAGAAGCUCACGGACCUGGGUUUCUCGUACAAGUACAGCCUCGAGGAUAUGUUCGACGGAGCGAUCCAGUCUUGCAGAGAGAAAGGGCUGCUACCGUCCCCUGAAGCGAAUCCAGUAAUCCCUGCGCCUGUGGAAAACGGAUCACUCACCAUUACGGCCUGA